AUCCCAACCAUUCUGCAAGGCCUCAAGACUCUGGUUCAAGACCAUUUCCGGACCAAGAAGAAGCUAUGCACCAGCUAAUUAAGGUAACGGAAUGAUGACGACAUUCAGCACCAGAGUACCGAGGUCCGUGGAUGACGUCAGUCUCCCCUGGUUACAACAGGUCCUGACCACGCCCACCUCCAGGGUACACGUCACUGAUGUCGUCAUCAAGGGACCCAUGCGCCAGGCACAGGGUUCUAUCAGCUCACUACUGGCGGUAGUCGCUAGGGGGACGGAGGAUUCUAAAACUGAGCAUUACGACUUGGUUGUCAAACUCACCAGAGUUCAGGAAGACGUUCCAAAGAAGGUUGUGACUUUGGAGGAGAGAGAAGUCUCGUUUUAUUCCACUGCAGUCCCUGACUUGUAUUCUGUUCUUCGUGUACAGAACUUAGAGGGUAUGCCAAGCAUUGACACAGGCGGCCAAGGCUGUAAGGACUCCUUUCCUGAUAUUUCGCUGCCAGUACCAACUUGCCACUUUGCAGCCAGUGACUACAGUUCAAUGAUGUCUGUUAGGGUCCUUAUGAACUUAGAGUCUCGCGGAUUUGCCGUCAAACCUUUCCCAGAACCCUUAAGUCUAGAUGAGACAAUAGUAGCAGUGCGCGCGUUAGCACAAAUCCAUGGACUAUCCCAUCUUUUGGAGCACAGGACAGGAAUUCCCCUUUCUGAGAAAUAUCACUGGCUGAGAGACACAGCUAAGGAAAGGGCGACUUCACGACACCAUCAGCGGUACGAGGAUGGAGUUCGGGAGUUCGCCUCGGCGUUCCCCGAGCAUCCAGACCUGGCGGCGCGGCUGGGGAGGCAGACGGCGGAGGUACUGUUCUCGGGGCGGGACAGCACGGCGGGGACACCGAGGGUCUUGUGUCACGGGGACUGCUGGAACGACAACAUCAUGUUCAAGUACGCCCAGGGUCUUCCCGUCUCCGCGAUGUUACUAGACUGGCAGCACGCCUGCUACAGACGGCCGAGCUAUGACCUGGCCUGUCUGCUGGUGUACACAACCACACGGGAACUCCGUCUGAACCACACAGAUAACAUCCUGUACCACUAUCAUCAACAACUACAGCAUACUCUAGGAAACAAUGAAGAGACCAGACUGAGCUCGUACACGUUAGAAGACCUGAGGGCGGACUUACGGGCCGACUUCAUCUGUCCUGUGGCGCGGUGGCUGAUGGGAUCGUGGGCGCGCCCCCUGCACCAGUACCCCCAGCUGGUACAGUGUGUGGAGGACAUCAGGGACUGGGGGGUCAUAUAGGGAGGGGAGA